GCGCGGACCGGGCUCCAUGCUGCUCUCCACGCAGUCUGUGCUGCGGCAGCGAUAAAUGUGGUCCUUGAACGACACAUAACCCGGGCAUAUUCGCUUGGCUCUCGGGAUAAAGUGAUGCGGAUUUGACUUGAACCCUACACAUAACCUUCAACGUGCUGCAUUCAUGAUUGUGCAAGAGUAACUCAAGUCUGUGGUUAAACGUCCCAGCUGCAGAGAGGAGGUGGGGAGGAGUAGAGGAGUGACAAUGCAGCGCAUCCUAAAUCACGGGACCCUGCGGCGUUUGGCAGCAGCGCGCCCAUUACUGGUGGGCGUCACCUUACCCGAAUCACCAGCAGCGUUAUGUUGCUGUGUCCUCCGCCUGUCGCCACAGUCCACAGGCCGGUGCUGGCUGUCAACCACCGCCUCCAGCAAGGAAGCACAUCAGCCAAAACACCAGGCGCCGAAGGAGGAGCCACAGACCGGCUCUGCACCUCAAGCACAGGAGGUCCAGAAAGAGGAAGCUUGGUCUGAUGCAGUGGAGGUGGACCCCCUGCAGGACAAGUCCAUCGGUUUGGUCCAAAGGUUCAAGAGGACCUUCAAACAGUACGGGAAGGUGAUGAUCCCUGUACAUCUAGUGACGUCCUCAGUCUGGUUUGGAACCUUCUAUUAUGCUGCUAUGAAAGGUGUGAAUGUAGUGCCCUUCCUGGAUAUGAUUGGUCUACCAGAUUCAAUAGUCAGCGUUUUGAGAAACUCUUCAAGUGGCUACGCUUUGACGGCUUACGCCAUGUACAAGAUUGCAACCCCUGCUAGAUAUACAGUGACCCUGGGCGGCACGUCGCUAUCCGUUCAGUAUCUACGCAAGCAUGGCUACAUGUCCACGCCGCCGCCGGUCAAAGAAUACAUCCAGGACAGAAUGGAGGAGACUAAGGAGAGAUUUUCAGAGAGAAUGGAGGAAACUAAAGGACUCUUCUCUGAGAAAAUGGAAGUGACUAAGGACAAGUUCUCUGAGAAACUGCAGGAAACCAAAGACAGAGUCUCGGAAGGGAAAGCGUUUUUUAGGAAAAAGAAUGAUUAGCGAUGCCGUAUGCUGGUGGGGCCUCUGAAUAAAUGAUCUUAUGUAUCGCAACGAGUAAUCAGUGGGUUUGUGGCAAGUAACAGAUGGCACUUGUAAGACUUUUCAGAAAAAAAGAGAGAGACUUUGUACUACCCUUGUCCAAAAAUUUCACCUCACACAUCUCUGUUGUCAACUGUUGUCUAUUUUAAGUGUCAAAUUCAGUCCCUAAUUUUCCAAACAUAGUGCACUCUAAGUGUAGACUAGACAGCAGCUUAGCAGACUCCUGGCAAUGCCACAUUCUGGCUCAGUCAUCUCAGGAUUUGCACAGGCUCAAGUCAUCUGGGCUGUUAAGAGAAGCUGGGUUCUUAUUUUUCUUAACAUAAACGCAUGAGAAAAAUAAGAGGUCUGGGCUUCAAAGAGUUGAGGAAAAAAAAGGUAAACUUUAUGGGAGAGAGCAGUACUAUUCCCUUUAGUUAUAAGGAAAAUAAAACUUGAAGCUCAUGGUUACCUGUGUGUACUAGUCCAUCAAAGCCUUUCUGAAAGGCUGGGUAUCACUGCGUGUCUUUACUAAUCUAAUGAGAAAGAAUUUAAGUUUUUAUAAUGUAUUUUUAUCCUAAAUCCCAAGCUAAUAUAUUUCAUUAUUUGUGUGUCUGUACCACUUACUGUAUUGACUGGAAGUUACAAAGUCAAAUUAUUGUUUGCUCUUUGAGCAGAAGAAGUCACAAUACAUGUUAGUUAAUGUAACUGUCUGUCAUACAUGUAAAUGUGGAGCAAGUACAAUGCCCAUGUAUCACAGUGGGCCUGAUGAAAUGUCUUGGGUACUUGUGUACUAAAUACACAAAAGUUUUUGUCAGUAAAUCAAACCGAUGUCUGGUUAAAAUCACAACUGAAUAAAGUGAAA